GGUUAUGACUCAGUGGAAAGAAAAUGGAAGGAGAAGAUGGUUUGAGAACACUGGAGUGUUUAAGAGGAAGAUUGCUUGCUGAGAGAGUGUCUUCAAGGAUUGCCAGACAAAAUGCAGACCAUAAUGAAAACAGAGUAAUGGAGAUAGAGAACCAGUUGAGGGUAGAAAUCAAAUCAAGAAACAGAGCAGAGAAGAAGCUGAAAUUGGUGCUGAAGAAGCUUGAGUCACUGAACAUAUCAUUUGGUUCAGAGGAAUCAGAGCAUUCAAGCUUGAUAGAGAAGAGUGAGAUUUCCUCUCUAUCAUCCAAAGAACCAGAUGAAGAUAAAGAUCCCAAAACCCAAAUCACAAGCAUUGAAAAAUGUGAAAUUGAAGAGUCUGUGGUGAAGAAGAGAAAUUGCCCAGUAGUCUCACAAAAUUUGGAAGACAAUGUUUCAUCAAAUCAAGCCUGUUCUGAAGAACACAGUGAGGUUGAAUGGAGUCAAAAUUGCAAUGAUCCAAAGACAGAUGAUCUUAGUUCCUCUAUAUUAAGGUGUUUAGUGGAGAAGGGGGACAUUAAUGGAGGAAGCAAUGAUCAGGCUGAGGAUGAUUAUGUUGGCAAUUCACUGGCAUUGGUACCAAUUGAUUUGCAAAAAGCAACAACACAACCCAUUGAUCCACCAAUUGUUAAUGCAAGUGUUAAAGAAGUUCUUGAUGCUCUAAGGCAUGCCAGAGAAAAGCUUCGGUGGUCAAUGGAAAGAAGACAUAUCCUUCAAGCUGGCUCCAAAUAAUAACAAUAAUUAUUAUUUUAAUGUUCAAAAAAGCUAACUGCUCAAAUUUUACUUAGAAAAAUAAUGAAUGGUUCAGAUUUAAUUCUUAUAUGAUUAAAUUUAUAUCAAAAAUGAAUUUGGAUCACAAUUUUCCUAUUAAUUUCUUGAUAGAAAUUUUGAGUAUGUAGUCCAUUGAAGAACCUAUAGGCAGAGAGCCAGUGCAUGUUUGUAUUGUGAAAGUGGCUGAAUUGAUGAAUUGCAUUGACGUGAGUCUUUUGGGUUAUGAUAAACAUGGUUCAAUUAUGCUUUGACCCCAAUUCUAACUUUCAAUUAUAGGUGUGUGUUUUAUUAUUAUUAUUUUUAUGAGAAACCUCUCCAAGUUU